AAACCCGGGGGUAAUCAACUUCCGUUCUCAAGCUGUACCUGGAAGACGGCAAAAGCGGGCACACUGAGUGUGCAGCUAUCGUUUUUACCCGAGCUAACCAAUUGGAUAUUGUAUAAAUUGGAAGUAUAAAGGCAAACCCGUGCAUUUGCUCCAUCAAGAUGUCGGACUUCGACGAAUUUGAGAGGCAACUUUCCGAAAACAAACAAGGCUUAACAGCGGAGCGCGACAAGGAGAACCGCCAUCACCGCCGCUCCCCGUCCCGCAGUCGCAGCCGAGAGAGGAAGAGGAGGAGCAGAGACCGGGACAGACGCAGCAGGGACCGCCGGGACAGUAAAGAGCGCAGACCCAGGCGCAGCUCACCAGUCAACCAACCCCAAGAGAUUGCUGUAAGCCGCUCCCCACACCGGGAGAAGGAGAAGAAGAAGAACAAGGUGAAGAAGUACUGGGAUGUCCCGCCUCCCGGUUUUGAACACAUCACCCCCAUGCAGUAUAAAGCCAUGCAAGCUGCUGGCCAGAUCCCAGCCACAGCUCUCCUCCCGACCAUGACCCCAGACGGCCUAGCGGUCACCCCCACCCCCGUGCCCGUGGUGGGCAGCCAGAUGACACGGCAGGCCCGCAGGCUCUACGUGGGCAACAUCCCCUUUGGAAUCACAGAGGAGUCUAUGAUGGACUUCUUCAACGCUCAGAUGCGUUUGGGGGGGCUGACUCAGGCCCCCGGAAAUCCUGUCCUUGCAGUCCAGAUCAACCAGGACAAGAACUUCGCCUUCCUUGAGUUCCGCUCGGUGGAUGAGACAACCCAAGCCAUGGCUUUCGACGGCAUCAUCUUCCAGGGCCAGAGUCUCAAGAUCAGACGUCCCCACGACUACCAGCCCCUACCCGGCAUGAGCGAGAACCCCAGCGUCUACGUGCCAGGCGUUGUGUCAACGGUGGUGCCUGACUCGGCACACAAGCUCUUCAUCGGGGGCCUGCCCAACUACCUGAACGAUGACCAGGUGAAGGAGUUGCUGACAUCAUUCGGUCCUCUGAAGGCCUUCAACCUUGUGAAGGACAGCGCCACCGGCCUCUCUAAAGGAUACGCCUUCUGUGAAUACGUUGACGUCAACCUCAACGACCAGGCGAUUGCAGGGCUGAACGGAAUGCAGCUUGGAGACAAGAAGCUGCUGGUCCAGAGAGCCAGUGUUGGAUCCAAGGAUGCCACCCUGACGAGUAUAAACCAGACCCCGGUAACGCUGCAGGUGCCGGGCCUGAUGAACAGCUCGGUGACCCAGAUGGGCGGCCUGCCCACCGAGGUGCUCUGUCUGAUGAACAUGGUGGCGCCGGAGGAGCUGCUGGAUGACGAGGAGUACGAGGAGAUCGUGGAGGACGUCAGGGAGGAGUGCAGCAAGUACGGCCAAGUCAAGAGCAUCGAGAUCCCUCGCCCGGUCGACGGCCUGGAGGUCCCCGGGACUGGCAAGAUCUUCGUGGAGUUCAUGUCCGUGUUCGACUCCCAGAAGGCCAUGCAGGGCCUGACCGGUCGGAAGUUUGCCAACAGGGUUGUGGUGACCAAAUACUGCGACCCAGACGCCUACCACCGCCGAGACUUCUGGUAGAAAUAGUCGGGAAAGAGAGGAUGGGGGGGGGGGGGGGGGGGGGGGGGAGACACGAGGUGUACCGGCCAAUUCCAAAUCGCCCAUGUAGGUUAUACUUUCAGCACUUCAUUUCAAGUAGAUCUGGGCCUAUUACUCGUUUGGCUAGUGGCUUUUGGAUAUACCCAUUUAAUCAUUUGAGAUCUACGUGAAAUGUCAAGUGUUAAUGUUAGAGCGGAGGUCUGGAAUUGGAGGCAGAAGAGUAUAUUGGGGGGUGGGGUUUGUAUUCUGUCUAAUUGGAGAGGUCGGGAUAGGGUUAAAGUUUUUGACAAAUGUGUUGUGUGCGUGUAGUAACCGGUCUGGGUAUGGGGGGCAAGGAUUUUUAUACUUGGGGGCGUCAUUUGGGGUGGGAAGGGAGCGGGUGGGCUGGGCGCCACAAUUUAAGAUUUGUAUUUAAGUGAAGGUCGCCUGUUUUAAGUGCUUUGGGGCAACUGAGCUGGGAAAAAACACCCCACUGGCUGAGUCUGCCCCAGGGAAUGGAUGAAUCAGAUGGUGGGGUCAUAACAUGACUGGGAGAGGUGAGGGUCUGUGCGUUCUUCUGAUGUAGAUAAAGCGAGGUCAUCUACUUCAUGUACGCCAUCGUGGUCAGUGAAAGGAAGGCACCUUGAUACGUGAUGUUCCUUUAUGUUUUUGUUAAUUUCCUAAGUCUUCAAAACUACUGUCCCCCCCUCCCUAGCUUCAGUACCCUGAUCUGUAAUCACUCCACAUUCAGGCAAUAGUCUAGACGUUUAACUAGUGAACAGUGAAGUAACGCCAUCUGUGAUGAAUUAUGUUUCCUUUUUAAGUAUUUUUGUUUUCAACCGUUUGACUUUGUUUUGUGAAACAUUGUGAGCAAGAUGGAACAUAUUUUCUCCCAAGAAUUGUCCUACACAACUCGAUAGCAGUUAUGGUUUCCAAAACAUAAGCGUAUAAACUGAUAUUGUUCCUGGCCAUAAAGCCUCAAUGUUUAUUUUUUUCAUGUCGGUCCAUUUAAAAUGACUAAAUAAAACUGUAAACACUUAGCCGUCUGUCAAACGUGGACGUCUGAAUCUAAAUAAUUUUCAACAUCUCAAAAAUGAAGCAUUUCAAGAUUUAAUUUUCUUGUUCCCCCAACAAAUACGGUAUGUAAAGUAGAUGUAUUGAACUCAUUGUUUUUUUUUCAUUUCCUCCUUUAUAAGCAAAUUGAUUCUUUCACAAGACCAAAUAAACACAUGACUAAAUCGAA